GCUCACCAAACUUCAACAAAAAAUACAAAAAGGAGAAGUUUAUCCUGCUCUUCCUCUCUCGUUCCUCCUCCUCUUCACAGCAGACGGGAUUCCGCUCGGUGGUCCUGGGGACAGAGAUGAAUGUGGCGGAGGUCAUUUGGCCAACCUAUGAGCGUCGCUGUUGGACUGCUUCCCAGUGGAUAUGACGUCAUACACACUUCCGUUCCACCGUUCGGCGCUGCGGCUCAGUCACUACGGAUUCUGCAUCUGAAUCGGAGAAAAGCAAUUUCCAAACCAACAUUGUUUCUUGGGACCGCUGAACAAUUAUCCUUUGCGUCUGUUUGUGAAGCAAGCGUUGCCCUCUCUGUGAAAUGGCGGAGCCUUGCAGUCCAGCCGCCAAGUGUCUGGCGCAGAGCGCGGCGGCGGGGGGCGAGGGCCCGGGGGUGGAGAUGGACCCGGUGGAGUUCACCCUCCGGAAGCGUCUGCCGCGGAAACUGCCCAAGCGCCGCAACGACGUCUACGUCAACAUGAAGACGGACUUCCGGGCGCAGUUGGCGCGCUGCCAGAAGCUGCUGGACGGCGGCGGGCAGAGGGAGAUCUGCGUCCACGGGCUCGGGCUGGCCAUCAACCGCGCCAUCAACAUCGCGCUGCAACUGCAGGCGUCCAGCCAGGGGGCGCUGCAGCUGGCCGCCAACACCUCUACCGUGGAGCUGGUGGACGACCUGGAGCCGGAGGAGGCGGGGCUCGGGGGGGCGGAGCCACUCACCCACACACGCAACAACUCGGCCAUUCACAUCAAAGUGUACUACCCCGACCCGCAGUGACCACGGCAACUGGCCACACCCCACCUGUCCUGUGCCAGAGGGAGGCCACACCUUCCCAAAGACCCUCAGCAGUUUUGGGCCAAGGAGGGGUGGCUCGUCGGCCUGUUGGGAGCUGAAAGGUAAAUUAACUGUAAAUGGUUUACAGAAAAGACAGUCAUUUGAUUGACAGAGACACAGGACAGAACUCCUCCCCUCCCGUUGUCACAUCCUGUUAUGUGUGAGGCUGCAGCUGCAGCUCCUUGUGUAAUGAAUGGAUGCCGUUACGAUGUAAUGUUUGUGACACUGAGCUGUAGUGUGCAGUCGGGCUGUUGCUGUGUCUCAGUAACUCGGACUCCAGCGCUGGAACAUGGUGACCGUCCUGCGUGCCGUUCACUAGCUUUGGUUUGCAGUUUUAUUUGGGCAAGAUGAAUGUAUGCGUCCAGCAUCAUGUAGAAUUUACAGUCCAGUGUUGAUGCUAAAUGGAUUCUCAGUUUUCUGUUUGCAAAUGUGUUGUGGUUUGUAGUUGUGCCAAUCCUGAGCUGAACAGAAUAAAAUGUGUCAAAAAGAA